GCACUGGAUCCCUCUGACUCGACACAGGGCAAAACUCACAUAGAUGAAAGCAAAGAGGAGCUCCCCAGCUGCAGCCAUGUCCGGGUCGCUGCGAGUGAGCCCCUCGCUGCACGGCUGCCGCUUCGACACCGCCCUGCGCAAGAAAGCCGCGGCCAACAUCUUCGAGAGCAUCAGCCAGGAGGCCCUGCAGAAGCUCUUCAAGAACUCUGGAGACAAGAAAGCAGAGGAAAGAGCCAAAAUCAUCCUCGCCACAGACCAGGACCUGGAGGAGAAAACCAGAGCGCUGAUGGCGUUAAAGCAAAGGAGGAAAGACAAACUGCUGCAGUUCCUGACGCUCAGGAAAUAUCGCAUCAAGGUGCACUGAGCUGGCCCAGGGAGCUCAGAUGGAGCAGAACGCUUUGGGAUGGGACUGCCCGUGACCUCCUGCCACACUCCACUGUCCCAGGACCUGGCACAGCAGCCUGGCCUCAGCCCAGCUGUGUCUGAGGGGUGGCAGCGGCGCUGCAGCCCCAGCAUCGGCGUGGGCCAGCACCGGCGGGGAGCACGGCACGGGUGCAGAUGGCAGGGUGGCAGCCAGAGGCUCCCUGCAGGGAGGUGUCUCCUGGGCAGAGGUAGCCAGGCUCUUCCAGGCAGCCGUGGGAGUGAGCCAUGAGGGGAACCCCCCACCCUUGGGCACGACUCGAGACCUUCUGACGGACUCCAGUGUUCACCGUGCUCUGCCUGUUCCUUGAAGCCCUCGCUGAGCCUGGCUGCUGGGGGCUCACAGGGACCUUCUGGAGACUCAUCAACUGCUGCUCAGGGCCACUUUGCAUUGGUGGGAGUGCCUGUGAGUGCACCCAGCCAGCUGCAGGGAGCUCAGCCCUCAGGGAAUGCAUUUGCUGUAGAGACACAACACGGAGCUGGACCUUUCCUUGCUCCAGCAGCCUGAACUGUUGCCAUAAAAGCAAUAAUAAUGCCACACUUCCCUGAACCUACUGUGAAGUUCCUUAGUGUUUUGUUCAUUCCUCAUUAACACUAGAGGUUCUAAAUGCAGUGAGUGCAGCUCUGCUUUGUAUCAUGGCAAUGGCUGUGAGGCAAGUACUUGAUGGCAAGGUUUGGUGGGCACGUUGUGAUGGUUACUCUGACUAUAAUUUAUUGCAUAUGGUGAUCUGAAGUUUAAUAAACCAUGAAGUAACACUGAA